UGCAGUUUGCUAAAGAUCACAUGGACAAGCCAGAAGGCUGUUGGAAAAAUGUUUUGUCGGUGGAUGAGACCAAAAUAGAACUUUUUGAUUUAAAUGAGGAGUGUUAUGUUUGGAGAAAGGAAAACACUGCAUUCCAGCAUAAGAACCUUAUUCCAUCUGUGAAACAUGGUGGUGGUAGUAUCACGGUUUUGGCCUGUUUUGCUGCAUCUGGGCCAGGACGACUCGCCAUCAUUGAUGGAACAAUGAAUUCUGAAUUAUACCAGUGUAAAGUGUAUACCAACUCUAAAGGAAAAUGUCAGGACAUCUGUCCAUAAACUGAAUCUCAAGAGAAAGUGGGUCAUGCAGCAAGAAACGAUCCUAAGCACACGAGUCGGUCUACCAAAGAACGUUUAAAGAAGAAUAAAGUGAAUGUUUUGGAAUGGCCAAGUCAAAGUCCUGACCUUAAUCCAGAGUUGAAGCUGUUCUGUACUGAGGAAAGGGAUAAAAUUCCUCCAAGCAGAUGUGCAGGACUGAUUAACAGUUACCAGAAACGUUUAGUUGCAGUUAUUGCUGCACAAGAAGAAGAACAAUCCUUUAUUUGUCAUAUACAUAUACAUUACAGCUCAGUGAAAUUCUUUUUUUCUUCUCCUUCGCAUAUCCCAGUUUGUUAGGAAGUUGCUGGUCAGAACGCAGGGUCAGCCAUGAUACGGAUGCUCAAGGGCCCAACAGUGGCAGCUUGAACCCCCAACCUUCUUAUCAGUAACCCAGAGCCUUAACCCAGAGACUGUAAAUGCGAAUUCUCUCAUUGUUUUGGAGCACACUAGAUUGUCUAGAUAACCUUAAAGCUAACAUAUUCAUACUAAAAGACACAAAACUUCCAUUUUGAUCUCAUGGGGUCUUCAGUACAGGUGACAUACACCACAAUACAGGUGACAUACACUCUGGGGCGGCUGUGGCUGAGGUGGUAGAGCGGGUUGUCCACUAAUCAUAGGGUUGGCGGUUCGAUGCCCGGCCUACGUGACUCCACGUACUGAAGUGUCCCUGGGCAAGACACUGAACCCCAAGUUGCUCCCGAUGGCAAGUUAGCGCCUUGCAUGGCAGCUCUGCUACCGUGUGUGUGUGUGUGUGUGUGUGUGUGUGUGAAUGGGUGAAUGAGACCCAGUGUAAAGCGCUUUGAUAUAAGAUAAAAAGCGCUAUAUAAGUGCGCCAUUUACUCUCUUCCUCCACCUUGUGGCGAAUCCGUAAAUUGCCGUUUGAACCUUCUGACUCUCCGUACUAAAGAUGCUGAAGCAGAAACCUCACUGAGAGUGUGUGAGUGUGUGUGUCAGUGCUUUUUUUUUUUUUGUUAUUCCCGCUUGCUCCAUCUAUCCACGCACACACACACAUCGAAGACGCUGAUUUUUUUUUUUUUUUUGCAUAUGGAAACACAAGGGGCACAGAAUUGAGCCGAUUCUCGGAAUACCGACCAAAUGGUUUUUUGUGCAAACAUGCACGCGGUGCAUUUUUCUACGUUUUGGCGACACCGCUCCGCGCUCGCGCUCCGGGCUGCAAAUCAUGAAUUAACAGACAGGAGGAAAUAACGGCGGCUAGCUGGAGCAGGAGCAGGAGCAGGAACCACACUGCAUUGUGUUCCCUGGAUAUGGUGCGCAUUUUCCUAGAAACUGCUCCCAUGCACUCUUGAUGAAACCCUUAUUUUGUUGUGGAAUGGACAAUUCUCCCAUAAUAAUAACAACAAACAAACAAAACCCCCAGGCUGCUCUGCUAGUCAGGGGCUGAAGUGCUUAAACAAAGAAAUGCAUUCUUAAAGAAGGAGGAACAGGCUGGAUUUGCCAUUAAGGUAAUUCGUCUGUGUUGCUGCCCAGAGGUGAGGUGAGGCGAGGCAAGGCGAGGCAGGGCGGAGCGAGGCGGGGGAGCUGCUGAGCGGAUGACUGUAGCGGCGGGCGCCGCGUGCCCUCGACAAUGAGCCGGCUGAUGCUGGGCCGCACUCUGGAGCGGGUCUGCAAGGCUGUGCUGCUGCUCUGCCUCGUGCACUUCCUCAUCAUGAUGAUCCUCUACUUUGACGUCUACAGUCAGCGCUUUGACAUCUUCAGCCGUUUCAACAAUGGCCGCGGCGCCAACGCUUCACGCUGGCCGCACCAUUCCUACUACAACUACUCCAGCGCCAGGCCCAAUGCCACCUUCCCCAGCUAUGUACCCGCCUCAGAACAGCUCCCACUCAGCGGCAAGCCUGAGCUCAACCGCACACACACAACCCCCAAGCCUAUUCCUCCUUGCCCAGAGAUACCACCUGGACUGGUGGGGCGUCUCCUGAUUGAGUUCAGCUCUCUGAUGAGCAUGGAGAGGGUGCAGAGGGAGAAUCCCAAUGUGACGGAAGGGGGCAAGUACACGCCACCGGACUGUCGGCCCAAGCAAAAAGUAGCCAUUAUCAUUCCAUUUCGGCACAGAGAACACCACCUGAAAUACUGGCUCCACUACCUGCACCCCAUCCUCCGGCGGCAGAAGAUCGACUACGGAAUCUACAUCAUCAACCAGCUUGGUGAGGACACCUUCAACCGGGCCAAGCUGCUAAACGUCGGCUAUACAGAGGCUCUAAAGGAUGCCGAGUAUGACUGCUUCAUCUUCAGCGAUGUGGACCUGAUCCCCAUGGACGACCGCAACCUGUACCACUGCUACGACCAGCCGCGCCACUUCGCCAUCGCCAUGGACAAGUUCGGCUUCAGGUUACCGUAUGCAGGGUAUUUUGGAGGGGUCUCUGGCUUGAGCAAGAAGCAGUUCCUCAAAAUCAACGGCUUCCCCAAUGAGUACUGGGGAUGGGGAGGAGAGGAUGAUGAUAUCUACAACAGGAUUACACUGAACGGGAUGAAGGUGUCUCGGCCAGACGUGAGGAUCGGCCGCUAUAGGAUGAUCAAGCACGAGAGGGACAAGCACAAUGAGCCCAAUCCCCAGAGGUUCAAUAAAAUCCAGAAUACAAAGAACACCAUGAGGAAGGACGGCAUCAGCUCGCUGACAUAUCGCCUGGUCUCCAUUAAAAAGUACCCGCUCUACACCAACAUCUCAGUGGAGAUUGGCAAACCCCCUCCCAGACCUCUCAGAGGAUAGACCACGGCCAGGUCAACACACACACACACACACAUACACACACAUACAGUAUGUAUAUAUAUAAUAUAUAUAUAUAUACACACACACACACCCACCGCCCAUGGCCGUGCGCCUCUGUGCGCCCCUGAUAUGCUGAACAGGUUAGUUCUCAGGAAUACACUGGACUUGUCGUGGAUUUCUAAACACAAAUCCACAUGCAGAUUUCGACUCCAGUACAGACGCUCGGUAUCUUGCGAUAAGGGGAAAUUGGAGGGCUUUAGAGCACGGACCCCACCUACGUAGAGAUUUGGAUGAUGCUCUAAUAGACCCGGAGGACACGCAUAAACAUUGUUUCUGGGCACAUUCUCAAACGGGAACCCUGUUCACUUGAUGUAAAUGAGUUGGAACAUUUCAGAAACGAAUGUCUUUUGUACCUGCAGCUGCUGCAGCGUCCGACACGUUUUCUCAUCGUAUCUACGAAGCCGGAGACGCUCGAAGAAGCCUCGGGAUCAUCUUCUCUGUCGGUUUCCAACCUUUUUUUUUUUUCUUUCCUUUCUUAUUUUGUAUUUCUACUCUUCCUGCUCUCUGAGUUCAAUAACGGAAGCACUGAUUACGCAGAAAAGCUUCAAAAAAAAUUUCAGUUACCGGAUUUGGAUAAAGAGCCCUGCCUUUGGUGGUCCAGAAUUGAGAAGAACCAGGAUUCUAGGAACUCUCACUUGGAGAACAAGGGAAUUCUGGCAAAGCUGUACAUGGUCACCACUGUCAAUCACUUGAAAACAACAUGAGAACUGUGUGUUUUGUGUGUUUUCACCGCUGCCUGAAUUUUUUAUGAUUAUUAUUUUUUCUCUUCUUCAGCUUAAUGCAUCUUAACAUUAAUUGCUCCGUGUGUGAGGUCACGCUCAUUCUAGACCACAAUGAACUAUCAUCAAACACUGGAGAUGAAAUUAGAUUUUUUAUUUUUUCCUCGCCCUUUUCUUUUUUCGACUUGUGGUUUCACCUUUUUCAUUUACUGCCUAUGCACGCCAUACUGAUGCCUUCAGACAUUUUAUGAGGUGCUCGAGUCGUGUUUUCUUCUUUGGCCACCUUUUUUUCCAUGCCAUUCACCCAGCCUAUUAAAGAAGUACAUUUCAUUUACACCCCCCCUCCCCCUCCCUUUGGCCUUCUGUUUCACCCCUUGUCAUUCCUGUACAUGUGCCAUCAUUUCUAAUCAGUGCUAACGGUAUUUCUGAACUUUUUGCCUAGGUUUACAAAGCCGCCCUGUUCUUGCAUUACGGGUUAAACGUUUCUAUAAAAGAAACCUUCUAAAUCCGCAAACUAAUUACGGUCACGUGUCGACACAUGUAUAUUCAAGCCGGUUAUUAUACUUCAUAUUAUAUUUAUAAUAUUAUACUACCACAGCGUUGUCGAAUUCUCGAUUCUGAUUGGUCAGGAUGCAGCAGUGCCAGCUACAGGGCAAAUCCACAGGUUUAAAGACGGCGAGUUUUGUGGUUUCUCAGUAACAUGACAAGCUGACUUUUUUUUUUUGGUCUUAUUAAUGUCAAGAGGGAGAAAAGAAAAAAGAAAAAAAAAACAAGGCUGGUCAGGGAACAACUGUAUAGCUGCCAUAACAUAAGUGAUAACAGGGACUAACUUGUUUCAGAGGCAUUCCACAACGUUAAAUGUAACUAUAAAUAGAUGUACACAAAGUACAACGUCGUGGUCUUGAAUGAAGAAGAAAAUUGGCAGGUUGCUGUGGUAUAAGAGGAACAAAAACAAAAAACAGUUCAGGACAUGCUGUAAAAAAAAAAAAAGGUUGUGUUUUUUUUUGUUGUUUUUUUUUUCUUCCAUGACUUUCCUAUAACAGCACGUCCUGUCAUGUUUUAUUCCUUACUUAUAAUAUUAUAUUUAUAAUACUAUACUUGUAUUCUCCUUACACAAAUAUACAGUAUACCAAAGCUUAUCAACUGUGUUGCUAGUCGACUGUGGUGCAAAUGUAGCUGACAUACAGCAUAAAUGACAUACAUGCAAAAGUCUGUUAUAUAUUGCAGCAUUAAUAGGCGUACGUACAACACGAACUCGAACAUAAUAAGCAGAUAUAACAUUAUAACAGCAGUAUAUGGACAUGAAUGCAUUUAUAGUCCACUUUUGGUUUUUAAACAUAUACUCAACAGUAUGACUUUAAAUAUAGCACAUUCGUAAUUGUGGUGUUUUUUGUUUUUUUCUUCUUCUCCAUUCUUUCCUGUUUGUAUAUUCUGAAUUGGAAGAACGAGAGCGAUACACUGAGCACAUCAUCUUUUACAUUUUAAUUUCCCAUAGCAGACACGUAUGGGGUUUAUGAGACGUGAAGGGCGUGCGUUUUUGUUUUUCGCUCUCUCUCCACCCUCCCCUCCCCCUUGAGGCUGUUUUAUGAAUUGCAGCAUUACUGCAGGUCAUCCGCGGCAGCCUCGUUCUUAUCUUUGUGCCGUUCUUUUGUUUUCUAUUGCUGUGCAUUUGUACAUACGCGCCAGUGAGGAAAAUAACGAGCUGUGUCUGUAAGUUAGAGUAGUGCAUUCGUGCUGCUGAAUUGAAUCUACAGUGUAGAUGUGAACGAGCACUUUUUGUCCGUCUGGAGGGGGAGAAACACUUCGUUGGACCAUAAUCUCACUGUGGUUUAUGAAAGAAUAUGUUCUUUUUGUGUGUGUGUGUCUGUGUGAUCUACCUACAUACCUUACGUUGCUGCUAUAUCAUGACGCUAGCAAGGCAGUCGUCUCAUUACAUUACAUGCUGUGCACGGUGUAAAAAAAAUUAUUAAAAAAAGGAAAGAAUUGGUCGCUUAUUAUCGCUAAUUCUACAUAAUACAGAACUACUUCAUAUGAUCACAGCUGAAGCACAUUCCAGUACGAUAUCAUUUUUGUUAUCGAAUAUUCUCCCUCUCUAAAGAAGUAGCGCACUGUGUGUAGCUUUCCCCCUCUCCCUUUCUCUCUCUCUCUUGGUGUUUGUUUCCCUUUCCUCUCCUCAUCCAUCCCAUCCCUCCAUUCUCGCCGGGAGGAAGUGAACCGUACGCGAGAAGGGCAGGGGCUCUGCGAAAUAUUACACCUGUAAGAAACAAACUCCGGUCUUCAAGCUCGAAGUGGCUUUUUAAACACCUACUGGAUCAAAUUAGGGGUUUUUUUUUGUACAUUGAAUGUCAACAUAUGGUUCUAUGUAGAAUGCAUUAUGUCAUAUCGAACAUACUUUUUGUAUACAACAAAUAAAGAAGAGCUGUUGCUUGGAAACCUGUGUCUUUCUUUCUUGAUACUCAUGUGCUACUCUGUGUUAACAUUAUAGAAGAGCGAAAAGUGUGUGUGUGUGUGUGU